AUGUCAGGAAGGAGUAUUAAACGCUUCACGGAGUCUGGAGCUGCACAUGCAGCGGUUCUGCCAGGUCGAGUGGGCCAAGGGCCUCUGUUGGCUGCUGUGAGCGACGAUGACGAGGACACCAUUGUGUCUCUGUUUGAGAACGCAACGGCGUCAGUCGUGUCUAUUAUGAAUGUGGAAAUGAAUGGCAGCGGCAAGGGAAAGGGAGGAGCUGGAGAGGAAGUCAUGGAAGGAAUCGGCUCCGGUUUCGUCUGGGAUGAAUACGGUCACAUUGUCACCAACUACCAUGUGGUUGCCAAGCUGGCGACUGACACUUCUGGGCGGCAAGCCUGCAGGGUGUCGCUUCUCGGCCCAACAGGCGCUAUGCAGACCUACGCAGCUACACUUGUCGGCACUGACCCCUCCAGAGACCUUGCUGUACUCAAGGUAGACCUAUCUCAGCCUGUACCUGCAGCAGCGGAUACAGGUGCAGCAGCAGACGGUGCAGCAGCAGUAGCAGCACCAGCAGCACCGACGCUGUAUCCCAUUCCUGUGGGCUCGUCAUCGGACCUGAGGGUGGGCCAGAGCUGCUUUGCCAUCGGCAACCCCUAUGGCCUGCAGCACACACUCACUGCAGGGGUCAUCAGUGGGCUCGGCAGGGAGAUUCCUGCACCAACAGGUGCUGCCAUCAGGGGAGCGAUUCAGACCGACGCUGCCAUCAAUGCAGGAAAUUCUGGUGGUCCUUUGCUCGACUCCUUUGGGCGGAUCAUAGGAGUAAAUACGGCUACUUUCACUCGAUCAGGUUCUGGCUCUUCAUCUGGAGUCAACUUCGCCAUCCCAGUUGACACGGCCGCUCCGGCGCAGGUCCGCGUAGCGUCGUCGGGUCUUCCGUCCUUCGCGAGGGUGUCCGCGGAGAAUGCUGCGACGGCGAUCGACCCGUCUGCGACGUUCGCGAAUGUGAUGUGGUCGAAGACGUACAACACGCAGAUUCUGGUGGGCGAGAGCGAGAGCACGGAGUCGGUCGUGCGACGGUUUAAGAAGGUGUGCAUGGAGGCGAACAUCGUGAACGAGUGUCGCAGGCGACGCUUCUUCGAGACGCAGCAGGACAUCAUCAAGCGCAAGCAGAAGGACGCCGCCCGGCAACGCAAGCGAUUCUCCCGUGCCUCGUCUGGCCCGCGUCCCUUCUUCCAGCGUGACCCGGCAGCGGCCAACAAAGCAGCAGCGGCUGCCAGCGACGACGACGACGAUUUCUGGGAUGCUCAGGUCGAGCUGUAG